CUGCUGUCUGCAUGGCGCGUGUCUUAUCGUCCCCUAACCUCGAAUGCCAUUUGAACUUGUCCUGAGUCCCCGUUAGCUGGUAUCCCUGUUCUUCCUAUAAUGUUGCCCUUCCUGACCUUUCUGCUGGUACUGGGACAGACCAUCCAGGGGGAACAAUGGGACAUCUAUGAUCUCGCAGACUCCCUAGGCUGUAAGGAUUUCGUCAGUGCCUUACAGAACACGGGGCCAAUGUACGUACUCUCCAACAACGACUCCGGACCGUUUACAGUAUUUGCUCCAACCGACGAUGCCUUCAACAACCUUCCUGCCAACAUUGCCGCCAUUUUUAAUUUCGGUAACUGGGAGUACAUGCACGAAAUUAUCACUUUCCACAUCACAUACGGCAACAUGACAUUGGCUGAUUUUCAUAACGAGGCUAAACUCCCCACGUGGCAGGGACAGGAUCUAAGAGUCAACAUUUACUCCAACACAUCAGGAGGCGCUCCGAUAGUGACGGCAGAAGGCGCUAGGAUAGUGAAGUCGGCAGUAGCUACCAAUGGGAUCGUACAUGUGGUGGACCACGUGCUCUACAACUACCCUCAGGUUUCGGCCGACCAGUACGUCCACGAGCAGAGAAACAUGACAACCCUUGACUUGGUGGUCCAGAUAACUGAUCUACAGGAUAAACUCAGAGGAGACAAUAUAACACUAUUUGCUCCCCAGGAUUCGGUGUUUGAAAAUAUAGAAGGAUUUAUGAACAAAACACUAUCUAACAACACCAGGAUCACAAAUUUGGUGAAGAACCACAUGGUCAAUUCUACCUUGUAUUCCACAAGUCUAACAGACGGAUCCGUACUGACUAACACACUCGGCCAACACAUCGUGGUGAAGAAAAACGGAACUACCAUUACCUUGAACGGUGUCUCGGUGCUACGAAGUGACGUCAGUGUUACCAAUGGCGUCGUGUAUACCAUAGGCGGUCUGCUUUUCCCGGCCUGAGCAUCAGCUGAAGACAUUCCCUAUUGUCAGUACCAAGAAAGCUUCUGCGCAAGAAAUAAAAUUCUAAUGGCACCAA